AGCGCGUUGCAUGAUAAAACUAAAACGAAAAGUAAAGCGAGCUGCUUUGGCGGGUGGAAUUAUUAAAAAUAAGAUGACCCGCUUCGCUGCAUUUCUUCUGCAACUUCAACUUCUGCAGCUGCUAACCGGCGGUCAUGCAGUAAUUGUUUUCGGAAGCACAAGUAGCAUCAACAGGAGGCCGUUCUUUUUGGCAUCAAGCCCGCAGUCUGCCGUCGCUUCCUUAUCCUUCGCGGCCACCCUGACGAGGCCGUUUAGCUUCUUCCAGUUCGCCUCCGCACGGGCUCUGGCGCGAGAGCACAGCGAGUUUGCUUCGUCUGACGAUAUGCAAUUUAAAUGAUUUCUCGUAUGCGUGGAGUACAAGAAUAAAAUGUUGCAUCACAAAACUUUACAAACGUUGAGAAUGGGAUUUGUAAUGCUAAGCAAAGUCGAGGUAGAAUCUAUCUGCUUCGACUUUUCUCAGCAUUGAUUACCGUAGAUGAGCUAGAGGUUUGUCAUGCGAGUGAAGACCCCAAGUUGAAUACCAAUGAAUUCGUAUGUGCCGUGCGGGAAAAAAUUUUCAUUCGAUACCCUACGAGUUCUUGUACUACGAAGACGAUGGAGAGGAAGGAGCAGACGAAGCUCCAUUCGCCGAUGAUCAUGAAAACGAUGUUGGGGAUCAUGCUUUUGCAGAAGGCACGGCAAAACGUGAAAAACCGCUGUAUUGCAAAGUUCUUUCUUAGAUCUUAGAAGUGUCACGACUUUGAAGGGAAAGAAAAGGAUUCAACGGAAAAAACGCGGAGAGAAGCAAGUGGCCCCGCGACCGUCGAGCAGCGUGAGAAUUUUAUGAGAAAAACGUCGAACACGAGCUCGAACUGAGUGGAAAAAUAAAAAACUGCGGAGAGGAAGUGUAAAAAGUUGUACUGGCC